AUGUGGAGCUUCCGAAGGCUUCCCGGGCGUGUAAUGACAGCAAAGCUCAGUAUACGGCCGUUUUCGUCGUUCGGAUUCCGGCCAGCUAUAUCGAAUGGUACGGGACCAAUUCCGGCCAUUCCAGUUCCGAGGUCGGGUUUUGGCAGCCGGUCGCCGUUACCAUUCUCGAGAACGAUUCUGCGUGCAUGUACAUAUGCACCGAAACCAAGGUGCAUCCGAGGGUUGCAUACCUCAUCUCCGCUCAAGAAUGAAAAGCCGUCCAGCCUCUUUGGCACGGAAAUCUCAACGUCCCAGCUGAAGAUGCUUGGGUCGUUGUUGAAGACGAUUUGGCCGAAAAAUAAACCAAAUUUCAAAAUCAGAGUGGUUAUAGCGCUUUUACUCUUGAUCGGUUCCAAAUUAUUAAAUGUUCAAGUUCCGUUUUUCUUCAAAAGCAUUAUUGACGAGAUGAAUAUCAAUUGGGAACAACAGCUAGGAACGGUGGGAACCGUGGUUGGAACAUUGAUCCUUGCUUAUGGUGGAGCCAGGUUUGGAGCGGUGCUUUUUGGAGAGUUGCGAAACGCCGUUUUUGCGUCGGUAGCACAGUCGGCAAUCAAGAGAGUAGCCCAGAACACAUUCAGACACUUGCUCAAUAUGGAUUUGCAAUUUCACCUUUCACGGCAGACCGGUGGGUUGACCCGAGCCAUAGAUCGAGGCACCAAAGGAAUAUCCUACGUACUAAGUGCGAUGGUUUUCCACAUUAUUCCCAUUUCUUUUGAGAUUACGGUGGUUUGUGGCAUUUUAACAUACAAUUACGGAGCCACAUUUGCAGCUGUAACGCUUUCCACCAUGUUAGCGUACUCAAUUUUCACCAUUAGAACCACCGCUUGGAGGACCCAGUUUCGGCGAGAUGCCAAUAAUGCCGAUAACGAGGCUGCAAAUGUAGCGCUUGAUUCAUUGAUAAACUACGAGUCGGUCAAGUACUUCAAUAACGAGCAGUUUCAAGCUUCCAAGUACGAGUCUGCACUUUUAAAAUACCAAAAUGCCUCUAUCAAUACGGCAACUUCUUUGGCGUUUCUUAAUGCCGGCCAAAAUUUCAUCUUUACUUCGGCUUUGACCGCUAUGAUGUAUAUGGGGUGCCAAGGCGUGGCUACUGGUGGUCUUAGUGUGGGAGAUUUGGUGUUGAUCAACCAGCUAGUUUUCCAACUUUCGGUUCCGUUAAACUUUCUUGGUUCCGUUUACAGAGAACUCAAGCAGUCGCUUCUUGACAUGGAAAACCUUUUCCAGCUCCAGGAGCACGAAAUCAAGAUCAAAGAUGUACCUGGAGCCAAGCCGUUGGUGCUCAACCAGCACACCAUUCCCGGAGAAAUUCGGUUUGAAAAUGUCACUUUUGGGUACCAUCCCGACCGACCCAUCUUGAAAAAUGCUUCGUUUGUGAUCCCAGCAGGCCAAAAAGUGGCUAUAGUUGGGCCCUCAGGUAGCGGAAAGUCAACGGUUUUGCGGCUAGUUUUCCGGUUCUACGAUGCGCAACUGGGCCGAAUUUUGAUAGACGGCCAAGAUAUCUCGCAAGUAACCAUUGAGUCGCUUCGCCGAGCCAUUGGCAUUGUUCCACAGGAAACUCCGCUUUUCAACGAUACUAUCAAGGAAAAUAUUCGGUAUGGACGACUCGAUGCUUCUGACGAAGAAAUUGACGAAAUGAUAAAACGAGUUCAACUCGACAAAUUGGUUAAGGAUUUGCCCGACGGAGUCAACACCAUAGUAGGAGAACGAGGAAUGAUGAUUUCUGGCGGAGAAAAACAGAGACUUGCCAUGGCUCGGUUGAUGCUUAAGCAUGCACCAAUCACAUUUUUUGACGAAGCCACAUCAGCUUUGGAUACCCACACCGAGCAAUCGCUUCUCAAAACGAUCCGCGAAGUGUCGCAUUCGGAAAUCAACACCAAUGUCAGCAUUGCCCAUAGAUUACGAACCAUUGCCGACGCCGACAAAAUAAUCGUUCUCAACCAGGGCCGGGUGCAAGAAGAGGGAACUCACAAGGAAUUGGUGGAAAAAGAUCUGAUCUACGCCAAUCUCUGGAAUAUCCAAGAGAUGUUUGAGCUCGAGAAGGAGGAAGGACUUGAGAACGAGAAGCUCCAGUAA